AAGAAAACGCGCAGGCACGGGCGGGGCAGGAGGACGAAGGGGAGGCGAGGCAGGUCUGGACAGUGGCCACGCGCAACUCAAACCGAAUCCACCAACACCAAACCAACCAAUCCACCACCUACCUCGCCGGCAAACACCCCGAACCUCUCGUCGCGGCUCCUGCUUCGGCGCCGACACGGGCAACGCGGCGAGAUCGCCGAGCAUGUCGAUGACGCUGAUCGACUGCUCGGGCUGCCGCACGCCGCUGCAGCUGCCGCAGGGGGCGCUCUGCGUCCGCUGCGCCAUCUGCGGGGCCGUCACGCACGUCGCCGCGCCGGGGCACGCGGACCCGAGCCGCGGCGCGGGGGCGGUCCAGCCCGGGUGGGGCCCGCCCCCGCCGCCCGCGCACGGCCGGAAGCGCGCCGUGGUGUGCGGGAUCUCGUACCGGUACUCGCGCCACGAGCUCAAGGGGUGCAUCAACGACGCCAAGUGCAUGCGACACCUGCUCAUGACGCGGUUCAAUUUCCCCGACGACUCCAUCAUCAUGCUCAACGAAGAACAAUCCGACCCCUACAAAAUUCCAACAAAGCAUAACAUAAGGAUGGCCAUGCAUUGGCUUGUGCAAGGAUGUCAACCUGGAGACUCAUUGGUGUUCCAUUAUUCUGGGCAUGGAGCACAACAAAGAAACUACAGUGGAGAUGAGGCUGAUGGGCUUGAUGAAACCCUCUGCCCAUUGGAUUUUGAGACACAAGGAAUGAUUGUGGACGACGAGAUAAAUACAGCUCUUGUUAGACAACUUCCUCAUGGAGUUAAACUUCAUGCCCUCAUUGAUGCUUGUCAUAGUGGGACUGCGCUUGAUUUGCCUUUCCUCUGCAGAAUGAACAGGAGUGGGCAAUAUGUAUGGGAAGAUCACCGGCCACGGUCUGGUAUCUGGAAAGGCACAAGUGGUGGGGAGGCUAUUUCAUUUAGUGGUUGUGACGAUAACGAGACCUCUGCAGAUACUUCAGCAUUGUCAAAGAUCACUUCGACUGGCGCGAUGACAUUCUGCUUCAUCCAAGCUAUUGAACGUGGGCAGGGCGCCACCUAUGGCAGUAUCCUGAACGCCAUGCGUUCGACAAUACGUAGCACAGGUGAAUCGACGGGUGCUGGUGGUGGAGCAGUUACAUCGCUAAUUACAAUGCUCCUUACAGGAGGGAGCCUUACUAGUGGUGGUUUGAAACAGGAGCCACAGCUAACUGCAUGCGAGCCAUUUGAUGUCUACGCAAAGCCCUUUUCGCUAUGACGCAUUCCACGUAUUGCCCGGUGUACUGAAUCCCCUAUCCACGUUGCAUGUUAUCAUCAUGUACAUUUCAUCGUUGAAACGCUCCAUCCACCCCAUAAAAAGAGCUAACACGUAUGCUUGUGGAUUUGAUACUCAUAUAUUUACAAGAUUUGCUCCCAUAGAAAUGUUCCCAGUACGAGGGAAUGUGAGUUAUUCUUUGUUCCAGGCUCCAUAAUGUUCAGUGCAGGUUUGGAGACGAGUGUAAUUUACUUUUCAGUUUUCAGUUGCUGCAGUGCCUUUUUAUUCUCU